AUGCCAGGAAGCCCUCCAACGUUCGCAACAUCCAGCUUCCACAGAGACAUUGUCGUUUUCAACGCUGCAACCUGCGAGCGACUGAAGGAGAUCAAGGCUAAGGGAGUCCACAUGGUAUUCUCCCCGGUAGAUGAGGUGAUGGCUCUGACAGUGGAACACAACGACGAGCUACCCCAUAAGCUGAAGCUCAGUUCCAUCACCCAUGAUUUUGUUCACUUUCAUAAGCCGGCGCUUUACGUUCUUGACACAUCUCGAAGCCCUAAUCCGACAACGAGACGAUUUAUGUUGCAGUGGCACGGCAUUCGCGCCUUCUCUUUCAGUCCCGAUGGCUCUAUGCUGGCAAUCAAGGGAAUCAAGAACCGCGUCGAGAUCAUCAACAGCAUGAGGGGUCUCGGUUAUGGCGUGGUACGAAGUCACACCGACGAAGUCACCCACGCAGAGUUUACGGGGGGCGGUGACAAAUUGGUCACAAUGUCAAAAGACGGCACAUUGAGGGUCACCGAUGUGCGAACUAUGAGGAGCGUUGCCAAGCUGGAGAUGGAUAACUGGAGGAAUCCGUUGCAGCUGGCUGUGUCCACUUCUGGUGUUGUUGCAUCUAUAUGGGGACGCACUGUCACUAUCUGGGAUUACGAAACGGGGGUGAUGAAUAGCUACAACUUUGAGACGGCUCGGGGCAGCGAGGCAUGGCCUCUAUCUAUCUCGCCCGAUCUCAGAUGGGUUGCUAGUCGCACAGAUGACGGGGCUGAUGUCACCGACCUUGCUACGGGCAAGGUGAUGUACUCCGCAAGACUAGAGUCUGGGUUCGUGUCCUCGGCAGCAUUUUCAGCUGAUGCUAAGUACUUGGUGAUGGGAAGAUGUGUGAAUGGUCACCAUGGAAGAUCUGAUUCUGGGAUUCUGAACAUGUGGGAGAUUCAAGUUUGA